AUGGUCAACAGGAUACUACUACUACUACUACCACUACUCCCACUACUCAUCUCAGCAGAACACCAUCAACAACAACAGACUAGCUUCGAACUACCAAGAACCAGUACUUCGACCACCCUAAUCGACCUACUCUCCAACUCAACCGAACACACCAAACUACUCCAUCUCAUCCAGAUCUCAAGACUAGUACCGACCAUCAACUCACUCAGCUCAGCCAGCCUAUUCGCACCCACCAACCAAGCAAUCGAAUCAGCUGGCUUAUCAUCACUAUCAACCACACAGGAUAACCUACAACUCGAACUCAGACAGACACUACUCUACCAUCUACUCAACUACACCCUACCCGACUCCACAGGCCCAUCCGACUCACCUCAACUACUCGACAGCUUACUCUUCCCAGAACCAAUCAACACCGGCAAUACAGAUGAUCGCCGUCUACUGCUCGGACAUCAGCCGCAGAAACUCAGGAUCAUCCAGCGCGACCAAGACAGAUUCAUCGGAGUCGAUCAACGCGGUCAGGGUGGAAUACGAUUACCUCCACCAGAUCAGUUCCAGAACGCAACAAACGGGAUCCUCAUACCCAUCCAAUCCAUCCUCAAACCUCCCCGGUCAUUGAAACACCUCAUCAAAUCCACACCCACCCUAAGCACCUAUGCCUCCAUCCUCCCAGAUCGACUCCUCGACCAACUCGACCUCCUCCCCCAUCUCACCAUCUUUGCCCCUCAGAAUCAAGCCUGGGAUCAUCUCAAUUCGAUCGAAUUAGGCUAUCUCAGAUCUAACUUUAGUGCCGAUGACUCCAUCAAACUCUUUCGUCAGGCUACUGCUGAUAACGUCUUAGGAUCAGAAGGGAUCGGCUACUCCGAUCUGCUCCGGCGGGAAGCUCUUAAACAUCAACCCGCUCAAUCCUUCGUCCUUUUCUCUGUCGAUGGUAAACCUCUUUCCAUCGGCAUCGAUCCGAAAUCAAAUCUACCCUCUAUCAAUGGCUCGGAGAUCAUAGAAAAUGAUAUUCUGGCUAGCAAUGGCGUCCUUCACAUCGUUCCAAAUCUGUUGAUUUCAAGCGGAGAUAAUCCACUUCAACUGACACCGGAAAAGUACCUUCUGGCCCUCAAUUGCACCAAGUUUGUCUCCUUGUUCCGCCAGGCCAAUCUCAGCUCGACCUAUCUCGACAACCGAUCCAGUGACAAGAGCUACACGAUCUUGGCCGUUCGUGAUGACGUGCUUCGAUCCACCUCUUCCUCAUCCUCUCUUGGUAGAUCGUCCAUCGAUCGAUUGAAGACGAAUGAUACCGAAAGCCUCAAGAAAUCGUUAAGAUAUCAUGUGAUCGAGGGGAACUAUUUGAUAGAUGAUUUGGAAGAUGGGAUGCUUCUCCGAACCGAGCUCAAGUUGCAGGGCGGAUCGAGCUCUAAUAAACAACGGAUGCCAGUCUCAGUCUCAACCAACGAUCGCAAAGGGCUCUCCAAGUCGCCGAUCAUCGGAUUCGGGGGCGCCAAUGUCGUCGGCGGGGACCCGAUUCAAGUCGGGAAUACGGUGAUCUACAUCCUCUCUCAGAUCGUCGAGCCUCCGUCGGAUCUGCUCCAAGUCGCACUCUCAGAUAUCCGCUUCUCGACCGGCGUCGCCUCGAUCUUCUCCGCCAAACUCGACCAUCAGUUGCAAGCCCUCCCGGAACUUACUUACUUGAUGCCCACUAAUAAGGCGUUUGCUAAUCUGGGCUUGAUUAUGGAUUACCUCUUGCUCGAGAAAUCCAAGCCGGAUCUCCUCCAAGUCUUGAAAUAUCAUGCAGUGACCGAAGUCAUCUAUCUCAACGAGCUGAAGAUCGGGAGCAGUCAACGAUACCCGACUCUGGAGGGCACAGAACUUUAUAUCAGUAAGCUAGCCACCAAUAAUGUCACCCUCCAUGGUCCGACGGUCGGUGGAGUGGCGUUGAAUGGCGAGGAUAAGGACUCGGAGGUGAUCAAUAAACGGGACGUGUUGGUGGAGAAUGGGAGUAUGCAAUUCAUCUCCCAGGUCGAGCUUCCUCCCGGGGUGAACAUCGACCUUCGCAAGCUGAUGGUUGGGGCUAAAGCGACGACGAUGCUCGAGCUCAUCCAAGCUACUAACUUGACAUGGAUCCUGGACUCCGGUGUGCCUCCAUCUUCUUCCAAGGACGAUCGAUCGUCAUCUGGGCAAAAGAAGAAUAAGAAUAAGGAAGACCAGAUCAACCUUUCUCGCGGUUAUACAAUCCUUUGUCCUAGUGAUUCUGCGUUCACGAAGAUCAACUUAACGUACUUCUUGGAAGACCCAAUCCGGCUUGAAUCCCUAGUUCGUCAACACAUCAUCCCGGUCUAUCCCGACGAAUCCUUCCCGGGAACCGGCGAUUCUCUGGACCAUACGCACCAACCCCCGGCGCUCUUCGAGCCGCUCUAUCUCGAAGACGGCUUGGUCUAUCCGACCCUUCUGAGCACAAAGGAGGGCGGCCCGAGUCGGUUUGGCGACCUUAGCUUCCGCUUCAAUCGUCCUCAAGAAGUCAAUAAUCACGGUGAUCAUCGUGGUGGUGAUGAUGAUGAUGAUGAUAAUGAUCGCAAUAAGUUCUUUGGCAAAUGGAGAGUCGGGAUUAAAGGCGCCCGGGGAUCCGACCAGUCUCAUGAUUCUGCAAGGAUCCUUAAUUACGGCCGAGCUACUCCUAAAAUCAUCUCUUCUUCUUCUUCUUCUUGGAAUUCUUCGUUUAUAGAUUCUUCUCUGAGGAUCAGUCACCCGGAUUCUAUCAGCUUUGCGGGCGGCGUUCUGGCAAUCGAUAUGGUUCUCUUGCCGUAUUAUCCCUCGUUUUGGAACCGGAUCGGUAAAUUUAUCUUCCUCUUCUUCUUCCUCACUUUGAUCGCUGUCGCCAUCGGUUUUGGGGGUUGGAAAAUCUACCAAAUCAAGUAUCGGAGGAAUAAUUAUGCCGCGGUCAGGGUUGGGCCCGGUGGUGGAAUUGGCGGAUACCAAGUUGUGGAACCUAUGGAAGAAUAA